AUGCAGCAGAAGCUCCUGCUCGCGCUCCUCGUCGCCUCAAGAAAGCUGCGUCAUUAUUUUCAGGGCCACCCCAUCAAGCUUUGCUUCCAGCAUGGUGAGAAGGUCUCCAACAACAUUGCAGAAUACGAGGGCUUGGUUGCUGGUCUCAGGGCCGCGGCCACCCUGGGGAUCAAGCGCCUUACCAUCAAGGGCGACUCCCAGCUCCUCGUAAACUUCUCCAACAAGGAGUACAAACCAAAGGACGAGCACAUGGAGUCUUACCUAGAACAGCACGUCCUGCGCGGCGCGAACAAGGAAGCAGACGACAUCGCCAAGAGGGCGUCCCGCCGCGAGCCUCAGAAGCCUGGCAUAUUGAAGGAAAGGCUCUUCAAGCCGUCGGCGGCACCUUCGAACGCUGGCCCGACGCUGCUCCGGGAAGAGCCGCCACCAGACCCGUCCUCAGGCACUCCGGCUUGUGGCCCGACCUCGGGGGCACGCCUACUCUUCGCACUGGAACCUCAGGCAGGCUGCUGGGUCGAGGAAUUCAAGGCGUACUUGCUCCGCGGCGCCUUACCAGAGAAGGAGGAGGACUCAAAACGGGUGGUUCGUCAGGCUACCGCUUAUUGCUUGCAGGACGGUGAGCUAUACCGAAGGAGCCCCAAUGACGUGUCGCUGCGGUGCGUAUCCGAGGAGCAAGGGCGCGAGCUAUUGGCAGACAUCCACAGCGGAGAUUGCGGACACCACUCCUCGUCGCACACCCUCAUAGGCAAGGUGUUCCGCAACAGGUUCUACUAG